AACAGUUUUGAAGUUUAUGUGCUGCUAAGUUCACACUUGUUUCGGCAGAAUAAGGAAGAUGCCAAAAUAUUAAACCCAAAUAACAAGGAGUUGUUAUUUCUCUAUGAUUAAACCUAUGCAAACACUUUGUGAUAAUUAUAUGUAUUUCCAUUUUUAAUUAAACCUUUAUGUUAUAACGAAAUAAAAUGAUCGGAGUGAGAGUAAGUGCUUUUAAUGAAAAUGGCUUGGGUGAACCUGACCAAGAUGCAAAUUCUGCAUUAACAGAAUUAGAUAAAGGGCUUCGGUCAGGAAAAGUAGGCGAACAGUGUGAAGCAAUUGUGAGAUUUCCAAAAUUAUUUGAAAAAUAUCCAUUCCCAAUAUUAAUCAAUGCUUCUCUCCUUAAAUUAGCAGAUGUAUUUAGAAUGGGCAAUAAUUUUCUUCGUUUAUGUGUGUUACGAGUAUGCCAGCAAAGUGAAAAGCAUUUAGACAAAAUCUCGAAUGUUGAUGAGUUUGUACGAAGAAUAUACAGUGUCUCUCUCUCGUUCCAUCCCUCCUUGUGGAGUAUUGGGCGCUUAUGCGUUUCUUGGCCAAAAGUGUAAGAUUGCUGUCUGGCC